AAUUUCAAUGACAUCAUCUAAUAACCACUAUCGAUGAAACUUAGGCAAAUAACGUUUAAGUGGCUCCAAUGGUCACUUGAGUCUCAACCACCACUCACAAUCUUAAAAGAUGAUAUGCGCAAGAAUCCGACCGCUAAUUUCGUCACCAUUAGCCUUCACUAUCUCCGCAACUAAACACUCUCCAAUCAAUCUCCGAUUAUUCCCUCGCCGCUCCUUCUCCACCGUAACCGCCAUGUCUUCUUCAACCACACAGAGUCAGAUCAUAGAACACAUCGUCUUAUUCAAAGCUAAAGACGAUGCUGACACCAACAAAAUCACCUCCAUGAUCAACAACCUCAACGCUCUUGCCUCUCUCGAUCAAGUGCUUCACAUCUCCACCGCUCCUCUCCACCGUCUUGGAUCCUCCGCCUUCACCUUCACUCACGUCCUCCAUAGCCGUUACGGAUCUAAGGAAGAUCUUGCCUCCUACGGUGCACAUCCAGAUCACGUUCGUGUUGUUAAGGAAUCUGUGUUACCGGUCUGCGAUGACAUCAUGGCCGUUGAUUGGAUCGCCGAUCGAAUCCCCGGAACCAUAGCGCCGCCUCCUGGUUCGGUUGCGAAACUCACGCUACUCACAUUGAAAGAGAAUCUUUCCGCUGAGGCGAAAUCGGAGAUUACGGGAGUAAUUAAGGGACUAAGUGAGAAAUUUCCAGGAAUUGAUCAGAUUACUGUUGGAGAAAACUUUUCUCCAGCUAGAGCUAAAGGUUUCUCUAUUGCUUCGAUUGCGUAUUUCAAGAAUUUGGGUGAAAUGGAAGCUGUGGAUGCUCAGAAGGAGUUGGUGAAUUCGCAAAAGGAUAAGGUUCGUGAUUAUGUGGAUUCUACCAUUGUUGUUGAGUUCUUGGUGCCGUCUUCUUCACAGUCUUCUAGUCUGUAAAAAAAGGUUCAAUUUCAAUCCUUUGAACACUUUGGGACCUAUUUGUCAUUUGAGAAUAAAGCAUUGUUAAUUAGGAAAUUUGAGUGUGAUGAUGAUAUAUGCUUUUGUUUUUCCCUUUGAGGAACUCUGUUGGAAUAAGAAUUUUUAAGCACAAAGAAACUUUGAGCAAUCAAUAUGACUUAUGG